AUGGCUCGGGGGCCAGGAAAGGCUCGCGACUUCGAUUUCUCGAAUGUGGGGACCACCGGCCGACGGACCGGUAUCACCCUCGCGGAGGGACGACGUGACGAGCAUGGAAUGGAAGAAGUGGAGGGCCUCUUCUCGUCCCCGGAAAAGUCGCCUACGAAGUUGAACGGGCUUGAAGAGGACGAAAGUGACGAUUCUGUUGGUUCAGAAAUGUCUAUGGAUGAGGGCAAUGCGCCUGGCCCUAUGGACUUUCUCAAAGCUUCAAAUCGUACGCGCGAGUCUCUUCUAGCCCCGCCCACUCGAUCACCUGCGAAGCGUUCUUCUCGAAAGUCUCCUGUGUUGCGAUCUUCUCCAGAACUGGAAAAUGAAUUCGUGUCUUCCAGUCCUUCCGAUGGCAAAGGCCUGACAGAAUCGCGUCAAGACCCUAGUCCUUUAUCUACUCGCUCUGUGAACGCAGGUGUGUCGAAUCCAAAGAAUAAUUUGCGACCAACAAAGGCGCAGCUAGCAGCAGAAUCGCUUGGUGUGCACGAUUUUUCGGACGGCGAGGGUGAUGAAAACGCAAAUUCAUUUAGUCAGCUCCAAGACGAUUUCGGCGAUAGCUUUGAUCUCGGCGACGAGACUAUUGUUCAUGAUGAUGAGGUGCCCGAGCAGGACCUGAGUACCGAGUCAUCGCCAGCGGCCCCAGCCGCUGCGCCCUCGCGCCAGACAGACAAGAUAACGUUGGCUUCAAAACCAGCGAGCAAAGGGUCUACAGCGAAGACUUCACAUCCAAGCAAUGACCCGCCAAAGCGACGGGGACGGCCUCCAAAAAGUCAGCGCCCUGCGUCUGAUGAAGGCACCGAUGCUAGGCCACCCAAGAAGCAGAAGACUUCGACUGGGGAGUUUCGAACCACGCGAGAACCGUUAGACCCGGAGCUUGACCGGGUGGUUGAGAACUAUGCCCAACGUUCAGGUCCAUUGAAAGGACGCAGCUUGUAUAUUCUUAAGCGUGAAGUUCCCUCUGAUACCAGCGCCACACACACUCGCUCGGGUCGAGUCUCUGUACGGCCUCUUGCUUACUGGCGAAACGAGCGGUGCGUGUUUGGUGAUGGAGAGGCUGUUGAGGGACAACGCUUCCCACUUUCCACAAUCAAAGAAGUCAUCCGCACCGAGGAUGCCGAACCGGAUCAGCAGAAGAAAGGCAAGCGUGCGGGUCAAAAGUCCAAAAAGAAGAAGCAGAGGGCAGAAUCUUCGGAUGAAGAGGAUGAAGAUGCCGAUAUUUGGGAAAAGGAAGGUGUUCUUCAUGGUUAUGUGCCCAAAUGGGACCCCAAGGCACAAGCGAGCACCUCGGAGGAAGAAGUCCUCGACAUUGCAUACGCCCCCUCCGGCAUUGAAACCAGAGAAGUCAAAGAUUCUACAUUCAGGUUUGCCAAGCUGCUCAGCUCUUCGUUCAUUGGAUCGGGUGUCGUUGAGCUUCCCCCCGAGGGUGUGAAGAAGCCCAAAAACUCGAAGAAGAUGCACAUGGUCUUCUAUGUUUGCCAUGGCCGUGUUCAAGUCGACAUUUCAGGUGUGCAAUUUAGCGCUGGCAAAGGAUGCGUUUUCCAGGUUCCUCGAGGCAACUAUUAUAGUUUCAUGAACCAGCACAGCAAAGAAACUCGUCUCUUCUUCACACAAGGCUGUGUACCAGGCGAGGAUGAGACUUCUGCUUCGAGGAAUGAUGUGCAGGAAAGCGAAUUUGAACCUGAAAGCACCACUCCUGCUCCCCCGGCGAAGACUCGAGGUCGGCCUAAAGGCAAGCAAAAGGCUAAAUGA